AUGUUACCAACAUCACCUCCACCUCUUAACUGCCACCUCCAUCAUUUUAGCCAAUACCUUACUCCCCCACCUUCACCACCACUCCUCCACCUGCGUCCACCUCCACCGUCACAGCCACUCCUCCACCUGCGUCCACCUCCACCGUCACCACCACUCCUCCACCUGCGUCCACCUCCACCGUCACCACCACUCCUCCACCUGCGCCCCACCUCCACCGUCACCACCACUCCUCCACCUGCGUCCACCUCCACCGUCACCACCACUCCUCCACCUGCGUCCACCUCCACCGUCACCACCACUCCUCCACCUGCGUCCACCUCCACCAAAUUUUUAAGCUGCUCCGACCUCGGUGCCGGCCCUUCCCUGGCCCUCGGUCCUGUGUACCUUCCCACCCUUUUAACCCUGCCAGUCUGUAAUCCUGUAAUCCUGCAGCGCUGCCACUCUGUAGUCCUGCCAAUCUGUCAGUCUGUAGUCCUGCUAACCUGUAGCCCUGUCAUUAUGCCAGUCUGUAGUCCUGCUAACCUGUAG